AUGCAAGAUGAAGAAACAUACAUGACCUUGAACGUACAGUUGAAAAAAAGGAGUUCUAUCCAAACAUCCCAACUUAAAUGUCAAGAUUGUUAUGUGGUGUUGCGCUGGUAUAAAAUCUUACUGAGGAUAUCUGGAACAGUAAAUGGUAUUCUGGUUUUGACUUUGAUCACCCUGUUUCUGUUAGUUUCUCAGGAAGUGUUGCUAAAAUGCCAAAAAGGAAAUAAUUCAAAUAUCACCCAGCAAGAUGAUAUUGAAUACCUGAAAGUGAAUAGUAACACAAGAGGAAAUAUAAGUAAGAAGGAUGCAGGCCACUGUGUUUCAAGAGCUACAGACCAUCAAGGAAUGUGCCCAUCAGAAUGGCUCAAAUAUCAAGAAAAGUGUUAUUGGUUCUCUAAUGAGUUGAAAAGUUGGAGUGACAGUUAUGGAUAUUGUUUGGGAAGAAAAUCUCGUCUACUAAUUAUUCAGGACCAACUUGAAAUGGCUUUUAUACAGAAAACCCUAAAACAAUCAAACUACGUGUGGAUUGGGCUUAACUUUACUUCCCUGAAGACGACAUGGACCUGGGUGGAUGGUUCUCCAUUGGAUUCAAAGAUAUUCUUCAUAAAAGGACCAGCUAAAGAAAAUAGCUGUGCUGCCAUCAAGGAAAACAGAAUUUACUCUGAAACUUGCAGCAGUGUUUUCAAAUGGAUUUGCCAAUAUUAA